AUGUCGAGGAAUAUGAAAAGAAUUGUUCAGAUCAUCGUAAGACACAACAAUGAGGUUUAUUACAGAUUUUUGCGAGUGCAAAAUCUCUCAUUUCAGUCAUGUUUUGCACCAGCUCAACUGCUGCUAAAUACAACUGAAAUCAAUCAAGCUGUGGUAGAAAAAGUUUUCGCUUCAGUAUCAUUAAUAUAA